AUGGGACUUCCCGAAGAACGGAGCCGGAGCGGCAGCGGGAGCCGGGCCCGGGAGGAGGCUCGAGCUCGGAGUCGGGCGCGGAGCUGGUCUCCGCCGCCCGAGGUCAGCCGUUCGGCGCACGUCCCCUCGCUGCAGCGCUACCGCGAGCUGCACCGGCGCUCCUUGGAGGAGCCGAGAGAGUUUUGGGGAGACAUUGCCAAGGAAUUUUACUGGAAGACCCCAUGUCCUGGUCCAUUCCUUCAGUACAAUUUUGAUGUGACUAAAGGGAAAAUCUUCAUUGAAUGGAUGAAAGGAGCAACUACCAACAUCUGCUACAACGUACUGGAUCGAAUUGUCCAUGAGAAAAAACUUGGCGAUAAAGUUGCUUUUUACUGGGAGGGCAAUGAGCCAGAGGAAACCACCCAGAUCACAUACCAAGAGCUUCUGGUCCAAGUGUGUCGGUUCAGCAAUGUUCUCCGAAAACAGGGCAUUUGCAAGGGUGACCGAGUGGCCAUCUACAUGCCCAUGAUCCCGGAGCUCGUGGUGGCUAUGCUGGCAUGUGCCCGCCUUGGGGCUCUCCACUCGAUUGUGUUUGCGGGGUUCUCUUCAGAGUCUCUUUGUGAACGGAUCUUGGAUUCCAAUUGCAGCCUUCUCAUCACUACAGAUGCCUUCUACAGGGGGGAAAAGCUUGUGAACCUGAAGGAGCUGGCUGACGAGGCCCUGGAGAAGUGUCAGGAGAAGGCUUUCCCAGUGAAAUGCUGCAUUGUGGUCAAGCACCUGGGGCGGGCAGAGCUGGGCACAGGUGACUCUCCCAGCCAGUCUCCUCCAAUUAAGAGGCCGUGCCCGGAUGUGCAGGGUAAGCCGAAAGAGAAACCCAAGCACAUCCAGCCCCAGAUCUCCUGGAAUGAGGGGGUUGACUUGUGGUGGCAUGAACUCAUGCAGAAGGCAGGGGAUGAGUGUGAGCCUGAAUGGUGUGAUGCUGAAGACCCACUCUUCAUCCUGUACACCAGUGGCUCCACAGGCAAACCCAAGGCAAGUGGUGUGGUACACACAGUUGGGGGCUACAUGCUCUAUGUGGCUACUACCUUCAAGUAUGUGUUUGACUUUCAUGCGGAGGAUGUGUUCUGGUGCACCGCAGACAUUGGCUGGAUCACUGGCCAUUCCUAUGUCACCUAUGGGCCACUGGCCAAUGGUGCCACCAGUGUUUUGUUUGAGGGGAUUCCCACAUACCCAGAUGUGAGCCGCCUAUGGAAUAUCGUGGAGAAGUACAAGGUGACCAAGUUCUACACAGCACCUACAGCCAUCCGUCUGCUCAUGAAGUUUGGAGAUGAGCCUGUUACCAAGCACAGCCGGGCAUCCUUACAGGUGCUAGGAACUGUGGGCGAACCUAUCAACCCCGAGGCCUGGCUGUGGUACCACCGGGUGGUAGGUGCGCAGCGCUGCCCCAUCGUGGAUACCUUCUGGCAGACAGAGACAGGUGGCCAUAUGCUGACCCCCCUCCCUGGUGCCAUACCCAUGAAGCCUGGUUCUGCUACCUUCCCGUUCUUCGGGGUAGCUCCUGCAAUCCUGAAUGAGUCUGGGGAAGAGUUGGAAGGUGAAGCUGAAGGCUAUCUGGUGUUCAAGCAGCCCUGGCCAGGGAUCAUGCGCACCGUCUAUGGGAACCAUGAACGCUUUGAGACCACCUACUUUAAGAAGUUCCCCGGGUACUACGUGACCGGAGAUGGCUGUCGGCGGGACGAGGAUGGCUAUUACUGGAUCACCGGCAGGAUCGAUGACAUGCUGAAUGUAUCUGGACACCUGCUGAGCACGGCAGAGGUGGAGUCAGCACUUGUGGAACACAAGGCUGUUGCAGAGGCAGCCGUGGUUGGCCACCCUCAUCCGGUGAAGGGCGAAUGCCUCUACUGUUUUGUCACUUUGUGCGAUGGCCACAUCUUCAGCCCAGCUCUCACUGAAGAGCUCAAGAAGCAGAUUAGAGAAAAGAUUGGCCCCAUUGCCACACCGGAUUACAUCCAGAAUGCACCUGGAUUGCCUAAAACUCGCUCAGGGAAAAUCAUGAGGCGGGUGCUUCGGAAGAUCGCUCAGAAUGACCACGACCUGGGGGACACGUCCACUGUAGUCAACCCAUCCAUCAUCACCCAGCUCUUCAGCCACCGCUGCUCUACCAUCCAGUGA